AGCUGUUGAAUCCAGUUUGGUACCUGAUUUUCUCUGUCAAGAUGUCCUGGACUCGAGUAUUGGUGCUCUCUUUGCUCUCCAUCCUCCUCAUCCUCACCUUUUCCAGUGUGGUCGAAAAUGCGGCCGUAAAGGACGACUCAAAAGCAAAAGAUCCUAAAGGGCCAGCACAGCAGUUGUUCAUGGCAGGGUCAGAAGCCUCCAGCUUCUUCAAACGACGGAGUCGCCGAUCACCACAAUAUUAUGCUGAAUACCAAGCCGAGCAGAGAGUGAGGCUUGCAGCAAACGAGCGCAGAAGAGAGUACAACGAAGAACAAAGAGACGAGUAUGAGAACUACGUCGAGGAGGAGCGUGAUGAGCAAGGCGAGAGAACAAGGGAGACGAAUGAGCAGUUCAGAGAGUUUCACUAUGACGGCCUCUAUCCUCGCUACCUCUGGUUCCACUGAGAUGUCAACACUAUGUUUUAUGGAUGGUGGGACCACAAUGCAUCUCCUUCUGUUGUCUCCACUUUGAUUCUUGAGAGCUGUCUUCAUACUGUUCCUUACGUUUCUCUACAAAGAUAGUGUUUCUUCCUUUUUUACAUUUUUUAUGAAACCUAAAUUGUGCAAUAAUGUCACCAUGUCAAACUGUAAAAUGUACUAAAAGUGCAGUUUUCGAUGUUAAACCACACUUCUUUAUAUUAAAUGGAUAUUAUACGGUAUGUUUUGCAUGUUUGUUUUCAUUCACUGUUUUUAGAUGUAAAUACAAACUAAACUAUGUCCUUUAUGUCAGCUUGAGGUUUAAGAAGUUAUAAAAUCAACGCUGUAGAUUAACUGGACUGGUCUACACAGGGA